GUCCAUCGGCACAGUGAAUCACAGUGAAGGUCCAACAAUAGCAUAGAGAAUGAAGACCACACAAGCUUACUUGUUCCUGACGCUGGUGGCAUUAGCGCUCGGCUGUACAUGGAUUCCCAAAAUCGACCAAGAGGACUAUUGCUAUGCUGAUUACGCAUUCGAAGCAGAGGUGAAAGCUUCUAAAGGACUGGUGGACAACAGGCUCUACGAAUACGAGAUAUACAUCCACACCGUUUAUAAAGGGGAUGUGAAAGAGAAGCUGGCUACAGAUACUAUCUUUGGAGAAGGCCCCUCCAACUCCUGUGGACCCGAUGUCUUGGAUGAAGGCGAAACUUACCUGAUUUACGCAAAAGAAACCGACGGGAAAAUUAAGCUAGCAUCUUACAGAAAAAUCAGUGACGUAAGCGAUGACGAUAUCGUGAGAAUGACGACGAAAUACGAUUGCAGUUGCGAGGUAAAAUUCAAUUACGACAAAAUCUUCCGUCCCGAAGAAUCUUUUCCGGACCUCCCUGCUGCUUCAGAAAACGAGUGCAACGUUCCAGAGAAAUGGUGCUCUAGAAAUUCCUACUGCCAGCGAAAUGAUGAGGGGCAAUGUACAUGGGGCGAACUAGGGGACUGUUAUUAAGCUACAUUGGACCAAAAGCGCGGCAUAAGUUACUAGUAAUCGUAAUUGCUAUCACUAUAAUCAAGAACAGAUUGUUAUAGUUCUUCUCAUUAAUUUAGUUUAUAUUGGGUCCAAUAGUUCAAAUAAAAAAAAAAUUAAGACUUGAGCAUAAUGAUGACGUUCUUACUGGUAUAUUAAAUCCGUAAUGGCUUACCAACUAAACUUCUAUUAGCAUAUUCAUAUUUUAAAAAGAAAAUGACUUGUUCCAGUCAUGGUAAAAAAAAAUCAUCAAAAUAAAAUUAUAAACAAAAUA